CACCGGGCACAGCUGGGCGCCACCCAGCACUGCUGGGUGCAGCCAGGCAUCACCAGGCACUGCCAGGCAUCCCCGUGUUCAGGCAGCACCACUGAGCACUGCUGGGUAUAGCUGGUACCGCUGGGCACCACCAGAGAUUACUGGGUAGAGCUGGGCACCACCAGGCACUGCCAGGCGUCACUGGGUACAGCCAUGUACAGCCAGCACCACCAGUCCCUGCCAGGCAUCAUGGGCACAGCCAGUCAUCUCCAUGUACAGGCAGCACCAGGCAGGCACUGUGCGAAGUCUCCGUGUGUCUGGAUUGAGCCCAGUUGUGCCCCAGCAGCAGCAAGGUCCCCCCACUGCCUCCCCUGCAGCACUAGGAUCCCUCUGAGCCCUCUGGUUGUCCCUCCCGGACAGGCUGUCACCACCUCACAGCAGCUGUGACAGGGACAGCUAAAAAUAGCCUCGGCGGCGAUGGCUGCCCGGUGCCGGCUCGCCGCGCGCUUCCACCACGUCCACGGCACCAACAUCCGCCUGGACACCUCGCGCACACUGGCCACACGGGUGGAGAGCUUUGCCAAUGGGCUCUGCUUCAGCCAGGAGCCCCUGGCGCCCGGGCAGAUCUUCCUGGUGGAGAUCGAGGAGAAGGAGCUGGGCUGGUGCGGGCACCUGCGCGUGGGGCUGACAGCCCACGACCCCCAGAGCCUGGAGGUGGUGCCUGAGUACUCACUGCCAGACCUGGUCAAUAUGGGGGACACUUGGGUGUUCGCCAUCACCCGGAGCCACAACCGCGUGGCGGUGGACGGGGAGGAGGUGCGGGCACGGAGCUCACCCUGGGAGCCCUUCCUGCUGAUCGAGCGGGUGCGGAUCCCCCGCGACACGCUGGUGGGGCGCAGCCGGCCCGGCCGCUACAGCCACAUCCUAGACGACCUGUACAAGACGAACGUGCUGCCCGCGACCGCCCGGCGCAGCCGCAUCGGGGUGCUGUACGCGCCGCAGCCCGACGGCACCGCCGACAUGCACAUUGUCAUCAACGGCGAGGACAUGGGCCCGAGCGCCAGGGGCCUGCCCACCGCCCGCCCGCUCUACGCCGUCGUUGAUGUCUUCGCCUCCACCAAGAGCGUCCGGGUUAUCCCAGUGGAUUAUGGCUUUCCCUCCCUGCAGACGCUGUGCCGGGUGGUCAUCCAGAAACACAUCGUGCACCGCCUGGCCAUUGAGGGCCUGGACCUGCCCCCACUGCUCAAGAACUUCUGCCAACAUGAGUGAGGUGUUGAGGGCACUGCUGGGCUGCCCCCACUGCCAACAGCAUCCCAGUGCUGGUUGCCUGGUAGGAUCCGUGCCCCUUGUUGCCCCCUCACCCCGGUAUGUGCUGCCAAAGGGCCAACCUGAGAACAGGCAGCGUGGUGGUGGGAUUUUCCACACAGGGACGGUGCUGCAGGGCCAGAGCGUGAGCAGGGAGCUGAUGUGGUUCAGAGAGAGCAAUAAAGCACUUCCAGACAAGA